CCAGAAACAAAGCCUUCCAUUUUCCGUUCUACUUUGUAGGCAGCCACACGUUUCCUUUCACGUAUAUUCUUUAUAUUUUUUUGUCGAUAUUUUUUCUCUCUCUCUUUUGUCUUUGCCGUAUCCUGUUUCCUGUUUCCUGUUUCCAUUUUUAAGAAGACCAAGUGCGCAUCCUGGCGGCGACUGCUAGUCCUGUGAUCCGCUCGACGCGGAACUUUCUACGCGAGAACCGGCAGAUGGUGAGCCAGCCGCUGAAGAUGAUCCUGGGCGUGUCGGAGGCCUGGAAGACGGAUCGAGAUCGAGAGCAACGGUGGCCGUUGCGGUCACACAACUAUGAGCUGCCCACGGCCGCCUCCUUGGCGCGGAGAACGGGUCCGUCGCCCCUGUUCCUGGCGGAGGCGCAGCGCCGCUUGAUGGGCGGCUCCAGGCUGCGGAUUAGUCGUCGCGGCUACUCGGAGAAGGAGAUCCAGACGGAGGACAUAAGCGAUGAGCGCUUCCUGAGCGCCGCCCUGCUCAAGUGCUCCUCAGCGGAGCACCAGGCCCGCAGCGAGGGGGAUGAGCCAUCGGACGGAGGCGGGAGUGCGGAGUCGGCGAUGCGCCUGAGACGCACUGCCUCCAACUUUGAGCUGGGCAGACUGGCCGAGCAGCGGGACGCCUAUCAGCCGGGACAGUACACACUGCUCCGGCCGCUGGGCGGACUGCUCGGCAUUGUGCCCGGUGCACUGGACCAGCUGGGCAGGCCUCCACCCGACCAGGACACUGCUUCCGUGUGCUCCCCCUCAUCCAGAGAGAACUCACCCUGUGUGCGGCAAAUGGCCAUUCCGGAAGUGACGGAUGUGGUGGACCAGGAGGAUGCUCUCAGUGUUGACUCCCAGCAGCAGGACCUGCUAGCCAGCAGCUCUUCCUCGCCGCAGACUCCUCAGAAAACAGAGAAAGAUCAUCCAAAGGAACCGGAGCAGGUGCCUGAAAUCCAGCAGGCCGUGGAAUUCCAGAAACCGAAGAAUGACGGUCUUGUCCUGCUGGCCGAGGAGCAGAGACUGGAGCUCCUGGAGGAGGCGCGGGAGCGCCAGGCCCAACUGAUCGCCGAGUACAAUAGACUUCCCAUUUCCAUGGGAACCCUGCGGGUGCGGAAUCUCAAGAUAAUCCUCGAACAGCAGCUGGAUGUGGUGGACAACGACCUGAGUGUGCUAUCGCAACCGAAGGUCUAUGUGAUGGGAACUUAGAUCUGCGACAGUACAAAAAUUAACAAAAAAAAACAAGACCAUAAACUUUCAACUCGCAAGAAAUCGAAUAAAAAUCAAAAUAAAUAUUAAAACUACAA